GCUUUCCCUCUCUCAUAAAAAAAAAAAAAAAAAAAUUAAUCAGAACGCUGCUUCUCGAAUUCUGUCUCCCUCGGCCAAGCUCCCCAUUCCCCGUUCAUUUUCGAACUUGGCACAGUGGAAUGCAACCCACGCGUCGAUAAUCGUGACUUCUUCUCCGCUUUUCCUUUCCUUUACGUUUUUCUCUCUCGCUGUCCAACCUCUCACGAAUUACAAACAAGGUGCUUUCUUGCUGGAAAAACCACUGAACCAGUAGAAUUUUCCUCGGUUCUUCAAUUCGAUUCGAACAAUUUUUUUACCCAGAAAAGCUAGCUUCCUGGUACAUGCCGUUGGAUUCCGUUUGCUGCUGCUGAUCUGCAGUUGGAAAGUGGAAGCCCCAACUUCGAGCUCAGAACUUGAAUUUCUCAAUCAUUCUUUUCUCUGCACUCUCAUCAGUCACUCUUGAUCCUCUCUCUGAGGAACUGGGAAUAAGUUUUUCUCAUCUAUUUGCAAACAAGUUUCGGUAUGUUCUUACUUCUCCUCAUGGCAAAAUGUUUUGUUUUUAGUAAUUGGCAGGCUUAAUGUAUAUGACAUUAUUUUUUUUUUUGGCAGCCAAUCACCGUACAAAGGUAAGGCUGAAGAGGAUGACGACGAGAAUAUUAGUGGUGAAUGUUAUUCCAGUUUAAUUAGGGGGAGAACAGCCAGACAAAGGAUUUGAUUGAGCAACAGGUGCAUCAACCAUAUAUUAUUACUACAACUGUACGAGGCCUCGGCGUUACAAGUGCCAUAACGGUGGAUACCCCCAUGACAACCCACGAAGCCUCCUCGUCAUCCUCCUCCAAGUCAAAACUUUGGAAUUACGACGUGUUCUUGAGCUUCAGCGGUGUGGACACACGCAAUGGCUUCACGGGCCACCUCCAUGCGGCAUUAACAGAGAGGGGAUACCAGGCUUAUAUCGAUGAGGACGAUCUAGAAAGAGGGGAAGAAAUAAAAGAGGAACUGUUCCGGGCAAUUGAAGAGGCGAGGAUCUCUAUCAUUGUCUUCUCAAAGAGUUAUGCGAACUCGAGUUGGUGUCUUGACGAGCUGGUGAAGAUCAUGAAGUGCAGAUACAAACUGGGGCGACGUGUUUUGCCAAUAUUCUAUCAUGUUGAUCCUUCACAUGUUAGGAAGCAGAACGGAGAUUUAGCUCAAGCAUUUCAGAAGCACGAAGAGGGCAUUCGUGAAGAAAAAGAUGACAAGGAACGUGAAGCUAAACAAGAAAGGGUAAAGCAAUGGAGAAAGGCUCUUACAGAAGCUGCAAAUUUGUCUGGCCAACAUCUUCAAAUCAUUGACAAUGGGCGCGAAGCAAAGCUUAUUAGAGAAAUUGUUGGCAAGAUCAUUACGGAAUGGCUUCCGGGUGCAAACGAAUUAAAUGUGGCCAAGCACCCGGUUGGAAUCAAUUCUCGCGUUCAAGAUAUUAUCAAUCAUCUUUCAGGUGGUGGAUCAAAUGACGUUGUCAUGGUUGGAAUUUGGGGGAUGGGUGGAUUAGGUAAAACAACAGCUGCCAAAGCCAUUUAUAACCAAAUUCAUCAUAAGUUCCAAUUCAAAAGUUUCCUUGCCAACGUUAGUGAAUAUGAUUUGGUUGAUUUGCAAGGAAAGCUUGUUUCUGACAUCUUGAAACAGACUGAGUCUAAGAUAACCAGUGUUGAUGGAGGUAUCAGUUUGCUAAAAAAUCAUCUCCAACGUAGAAGCGUACUUGUCAUUAUUGACAAUGUAGACAAAGUGGAACAACUAAAUGCCAUAGCUGGAAAUCGUGAUUGGUUUGGUCCAGGAAGUAGAAUUAUCAUAACGACACGAGAUGAAUGUUUACUAAAGCAAGUGAACAUGAAAGUGGACAAGACAUAUCCGCUUAAGGAAAUGAAUGAAGAAGAAGCUCUGAAGCUCUUUAGUUGGCAUGCCUUUGGAAAGAGUUGGCCUAAUGAAGGAUAUCUUGAACUCUCAAAAGAGGUUGUUUCUUACUGUGGUGGUUUGCCAAUAGCCCUUGAAGUUUUAGGUUCUUCUAUGAUUGAAAGAACCCCAAUAGAGUGGAAAAGUCAGUUGGAGAAAUUGAAAAAAUUUCCUGAUAAAGGAAUAAUGAAACCGCUAAGAGUAAGCUUUGAAAGGCUAGAUCCUACACAAAAGGAUAUAUUCCUUGACAUUUCUUGUUUCUUUAUUGGAUGGGAUAAGGACUAUGUCGCAAAAAUAUUAGAUGGAUGUAACUUUUUUGCAACAAUAGGAAUCAGUGACCUCCGUGAACGAUGCCUUAUAACUGUUGAAGACAACGUGUUGAAUAUGCAUGAUUUGCUUCGAGAAAUGGCCAAAUUAAUCAUUUCUGAAAAAUCCCCUCGUCAGCCUGGAGAGUGGAGUAGGUUGUGGAACCGGCAAGAGGUCAUUAAAGUAUUGAGAGAUAAAUCUGGAACUGAAGAAGUUGAAGGACUUGCUCUAGGUAUCCCUCCUCCUUGGCCUCCAAGGUCUAACAUGCCUGGGUUCAGUACAGAAGCAUUUGCCAAUAUGAAGAAACUGAGACUGCUCAAGCUCUACAACGUGCAGCUCAAUGGAGAAUACAAACAUCUCCCCAAGGAGUUAAUAUGGUUGUGUUGGGAAAGAUGCCCUUUAAAGUCCAUACCAGAUGACUUCUUUGAUCAACCAAGACUAGUUAUUUUAGAGAUAACAUCUAGCGACCUGGUACAAGUUUGGGAGGGCUCCAAGUCACUUGAAAACUUGAAGGUCCUUAAUCUUGGAAGUUGCUCUGACUUAAAAAAAUCACCAGACUUUUCAAAUCUCCCAAAUCUUGAAGAGUUGAUAUUGGAAAGGUGUAGGAGUUUGUCCGAUAUUCACCCCUCCAUUGGUCAUCUUAAAAAACUUUCUUUGGUGAACCUCACACGCUGCAAGAAUCUUAUUUCUCUUCCUGGGGAUUUCUACAGGUCCAAAUCCGUUCAGACUCUUGUUCUUGAUUUUUGUUGGCAAUUCAGUGAAUUGCCCGAGGGUUUAGGGAAGAUGAUAUCAUUGAGAGUACUUAAAGCAUCUACUACAGCCAUAAGACAAGUACCGCGUUCCACAGUAAGAUUGAAGAAUCUCACUCAUUUAUCUCUCAAUAAUUUUGUGGGAUCGAAGUUUCCUUUGCAAUUUCCCGAUUCGUUACACGGCUUAGACUCUUUAAGAAAUUUAGAUCUCUCAGUCAAUUAUUUUCAUACCCUACCCAGCCUCAGUGGUCUUUCAAAACUUGAAAGUUUGUGGUUAAGUUAUUGCUCCCAGCUUCAUACAAUCUAUGAUUUACCAACAAAUUUGAAAUUUCUGGAUGCAUCUAGUUGCUAUCGUUUGGUAACAAUGCCCAAUUUUUCGAAAAUGUCAAAUAUGAGGGAACUGAAUGUAUGUGAUUCACACGAACUCACUGAGGUUCCAGACUUGGAUAAGUCAUUAAACUCCAUGACAUGGAUUGAUAUGAGUAAGUGCACCAAACUCACGGCUGAUUUAAGGAGGAACGUCCUAAAGGGAUGGACUUCUUGCGGAUAUGGUGGCAUUUUUCUCAAUGGGAAUUAUGUUCCUGAUUGGUUCGAGUUUGUCAAUGAUGGUAAUGAAGUUAGCUUUGAUAUUCCCCCGGGUGAUGGUCGUAGUUUUGAAGGGCUAACUCUGUUAUGCUUUUACCGCUCUUAUCUUGAUCGGCCAAGACCUUAUAUGAGAGGUAAAGAUGGUCAUCCUCGUGCUAGUAUUGAUAUAAAUAAUACCAAGCGUACUGAGUUACAGACUUGCAUAGGCAAGGAAGAUUGGGUUACAAAAAUGCGCGAUAUUGUAUUUGAAAGCUGUUAUCUUUGGCAAGGUCAAAUAUCAAACGAUAAGCUCAAUUUGCAAAGCGGGGAUAAAGUUGAUAUAACUUUUGAAAUACCAAUGAAAGGCGGUGCAUUUAAUUAUGCGAAAACUAAUGCAUUUAAUUAUGCGAAAGCUAAGGGAAUAGGGGUUAAUCUAGUAUGGGACAAACCUAUGAAGGAAAAUAUGCACGAUUUUGAUCUUGAUGGUAGGUUUUUCAUCCAGAGACACAAUCAAGGUGGUGAUGCAUCGUCAUCAUCACAUGUUUGAGUCAGAUCACAAUCAGUUCGUCAAACGCCUCUUUCAAAUUUCCCUGCGGCAGUUGUUUUUCCCGGUUAUUUAACCGAAACAUCAAGGGUAGUCCGGCCCAGAAGCACCAAAAAUAUCUUUAUCUCUCUACACUGAUGCAGUCACUCCCGACCGGAAGUAAUGGGAAGCUUAUUGGGAGGAGCGACCUAAAUUCUGAGCAAAUCGUCGUCCGCUUUCUUCUUCCUCAAUCCAAAUUCGAAGCUUUCUCUUUUCCAACCAUCCAAAUCCCCUCGCCUCCUCCGCCCCUUCGGGAUCAUGGCCUCCGCCGACGCGUUCGUCAAGGGCAGCGUCCACCCAAAUGGCGUCGCCGUCAUCACCCUCGGUCGGCCCCCAAGCUCUCAACGCCAUGAACCUAGAUAUGGAUGUGAAAUACAAGAGCUAUCUGGAUGAAUGGGAAUCUCACCCAAAUGUGAAGUGUGUUCUUUUUGGUAGCCGCUAGGCUCGUGCCUUUUGUGCGGAAAGGACAUUAAAAUGGUUGUUGCCGAAAUUCAAAAGGACAAAAACACACCUCUUGUGCCGAAGGUUUCUACAUUACGCUUUGCUUUGAACUAAAGUUGUUUCUUGUUUAGUGUUCAUUUUUGUUUGCAGGGGGUGAUGUGAAGCAGAUCAUGGCCAAAAACCAACCACCAAAUAUGAUUGAGGUAUCCACUGCUGAGUAUUCUCUAAUAUGCAAAAUCUCUGAGUACAAGAAGCCCUUUAUAAGCUUCAUUGAUCGCAUAACAAUGGUCUUUGGUGUUGACCUAUCAGGUCACGGUCACUACCGGAUCAUUACAAAG